UGCCUUGAAUUGCGCGGAAUAUUCUGGUUCGUUCAGUCCGUUCGCUGUUAAUUAGUGUAGUUCUUGCGUUUUACAAAGCUCCGACCAUGGCCAGACCUCAUCGCAGCAAGGGGGAGGAGGAAAUUGAUCAAGCCGUUAACGAUUGGGGCUACGUAAUGAGCGCAGAGGAUUAUAUGAGUUCGCCUCAAAGACGACUGUUGUCAGCUGAAUCCAGGCAAAUCGUUCGCGGACGUGGCAGAGCAUGUGUUGCGCCACCAGCAGAAAAUAGUGCGCUGGAAAAAAUGCGCCUUGCGGCCCACAUCAACCGCCUCGAUGCAAGUUCGGCGGGCCGCCUGAGGACCACGGAUGAAACGCUUGCCCAAUCCAAUCCGGCGACGGAGAUAACGGCCACACUGCGCUCGUUAGGAAUUCGUGGAGAAGACUACGAUACCACUACUUUCGGGCGCACCACACGCCGAGCGCUGGUGGACAACAAUCGUGAUAUCCACUUGGAUGGAAACAUUCCGGUAAUUCUGAACGGAGAUCUAUUCCACCAACCUUCCGGAUCUCCGUUCCGCGAACACGAGUGCCAGUUACGUACCGAGUUUGAUCCGAAGGUUCCGCUAAGCAUUCAUUUUCCUACGAUCGAUGAGUUCUAUAUCAAUAACCCUUUCCGCACCGAUCACCAACCGCUCUCAUCCGAAUCGAUCCCGAAGAAUCACCAACCGCUCUCAUCCGAAUCGAUCCCAGAGAAGAAGCCACCCAAGGAGCAUUCGAGUAAAGCAUCGAGUAAAAAGAAGCCUAAAUGGCGAAAAAUGACAGCAGAGGAGACAAUGCCCCUAUCCGGUAGCCAUGUAAGUUCUGGUGUUCCGGCGGGCUUCCGUCCAACUGGUGGUCGGGAGCUGUUCGGUGCGGAUGGCACAAAAAAGCUUCUUUAGUCGAUGGUGCGCUGUACAACUAGCUUUAAAGGGUUCAUGGAGACGCUAUAGCUAUUCAUAGAGGCUUUUAUA